CACCUGCUCCUUUCUCUCCAGAGCUUGUGGACAAGUGUAUAGGAUCAAGAAUUCACAUUGUGAUGAAGAGUGAUAAGGAAAUUGUUGGAACUCUUCUAGGAUUUGAUGACUUUGUCAAUAUGGUGCUGGAAGAUGUCACUGAAUUUGAAAUCACACCAGAAGGAAGAAGGAUUACUAAAUUAGAUCAGAUUUUGCUAAAUGGAAAUAAUAUAACAAUGCUGGUUCCUGGAGGUGAAGGACCUGAAGUAUGAAAGAAUUUCCUUGACUUAUGCUAGAUUCCAUUUUGUUUUAUAAUGGCAACAAAAUAGAUUUUUUUUUAAUCUUCUAAUGUUUAGAUUCUCUAAAGCUAAUUUUCCCGUUAAAGGGAAAUGCUUUGAAGAUGUAUUGUAUAACCAUUUUUCUAAGUUAAUCAUGAUUAUCUUGGAAAAAGAAGAAAUUAGUGUGUUUUUUGAAGACAAAAAUAAAGGUGUUUUUGGUU